AUGGCAGCGAUCCAAUAUGCGCCGUUCUCCUCCGAGAUCGAGCUCCCGUUCUACGCUGCCCUCUUUUCCUCCAAGCUCGAGCAUGACAAACUUGACGACUCGGCACGCCGCGUGCUGGGCCAGUACACGACCCUGCCGGUCGAGCCGGGCCAGAGCUGCAAGAUGUCAAUCCUAGGCAACGCACUUACCAGCGACCAGACUGAUGAGGAGAGCAGGCCCAACGACGAGCAUGUCCGCGCUGAGGGCUGGAUCAAGAACGUCAACACGAUCGAAGACUUCAAGAACACCGACAAGCAAGCUAUGUUGAAGCUUGCAGCAAGACACGUCUGGGACGCCAUCAACGACGGCACCAUCUACUCCGUUCCCUCCCUCCUCUCGUCCUUCACGAUCCUCUCGUACGCCGACCUGAAGAAGUAUAAGUUUACAUACUGGUUCGCAUUUCCAGCACUGCAUUCAGACCCCCAGUGGAAGCGCACAGGCCCGAUCGGCCGCCUUGACCCUAAGGAGAGCACCGCGCUGGUCGACCGCGUGGGCACUUGGCAAGCGAACCGCGACAAGAGGCAGAACGGCUUCUUCCUCGCCAAGAAGGCCCGGGGUGUGGAUGUUAGCGAUUUGGAUAAAGAUGCAAACAGCGAUCUCCACGACCUCAACGACGCUUUUGGCUACGUGUGGGAGGUUGCCAACCUCGGAGACUUCGAGAACGGCUUCUUUGACGAUGUUGCUGAGGAGGACCGAUACGUCGCGUUUGUUGAUCCGUCGACGUACCCCGAGAACCCGUCUUGGCCUUUACGCAACCUGUUGUGGCUUAUCCGACAGCGGUUCCGCCUGACGAAGGUACAGAUCCUGUGCUACCGGGACAUCAGAUCAAGCAGACAUGCAGCUAGAAGCAUCAUCUUGCCUUUGGAGAUGGACCCGGUAGAGCCUCUUGCGGUCUCGGAGAUGCCCAAAGUAACUGGUUGGGAGCGCGAUGGAGAAGGCAAGCUCCGGGCCAGGAUCGCGAACCUCGGCGAGUACAUGGACCCUACACGACUGGCAGACCAAUCCGUGGAUCUGAACCUCAAACUCAUGAAAUGGCGGAUUUCGCCAAACCUGGACCUGGACACAAUCAAGUCCACCAAGUGUCUACUGCUGGGAGCUGGUACGCUCGGCAGCUACGUAUCCAGAAAUCUCAUGGGCUGGGGCGUUCGCAAGAUCACCUUCGUAGAUUACGGACGUGUAUCAUACUCGAAUCCCGUACGCCAGCCACUUUUCGAGUUUGAGGACUGCUUGGAAGGUGGCAGGCACAAAGCGCCGCGGGCUGCCCAGGCCCUGAAGAGGAUUUAUCCCGGUGUCGAGAGCGAAGGCCAUGUUCUUUCCGUUCCCAUGCUGGGCCAUCCCUUCACGGAUGAGGCUAGAAGUAAGGCGGAUUACGACAAGUUGAAGCAGUUAAUCGACGACCACGAUGCCAUCUUCCUUCUGAUGGACAGCCGGGAGUCAAGAUGGCUCCCAAGCGUUUUGGGCAAGGCAGCCGGCAAGAUUGUGCUCAACGCAGCACUCGGGUUCGACUCAUUUGUGGUAAUGCGUCACGGCGCUGAACCCGACAACGCCCAGCCAGAGGAUACAGAGCGGAAGACGCUUGGUUGCUAUUUCUGCAACGACGUUGUCGCCCCGGCUGAUUCCCAAAAGGACCAGACUCUGGACCAGCAAUGCACGGUCACCCGCCCUGGUGUAGCAGCGAUCGCCUCAGCACUGCUCGUCGAGCUUUUCGCAAGUCUUCUCCAGCAUCCUCUCAAACAACACGCACCGGCACCCCAGACAUCGAAUGACGAGAAAGACCCCCUUGACCACGCUUUGGGACUGGUACCCCACACCGUCCGUGGCGCCUUGCACAACUUCAGCAACAAGGUUAUCCGUGGAGAGUCAUACCCGUGCUGCAGCGCUUGUGGUCCCCCGGUUCUGGAGGCAUACCGGAACGACGGCUGGAAGUUCGUAAAGAAGGCGCUGCUGGAGAAGGACUACGUUGCCGAGCUGUCGGGACUUGCUGAGGUACAGCGAGAGGCUGAGAGGCGGGCUGCUUCGAUGGACUGGGAAGAGGAGGAAGAUGGAGCAGAUGAUGGUGAUGGAGAGUUGAUCUGA